GGCGCCACUGGCGCACGCCUCCCGCGCUUCGGCAUCUUGUUCAAUCCCGAGUCUAAUUAUACGACUUGCAUGUGUAAUGCAAUUCAGAUAAUUGCAGGUUUCGGAAGUGCUCUGCGAGGAGUACCCAAAGGAUUUUGUCCUCAUUUAUGCAAUGUCCAAGCAUCAAUAUAUAAUGGAUUUAUUCAUCGGAAGAAAAGCCUUCUUACAUUGGGAUGCUCUUUUCGUUCCAUUCAUGCAAGAAAUAACCACUCGUCAGCUGUCACACCCAAAGAUUACUGUGAAACUUACAUCCAGUUUUUAAGGGACAAACGGAUUGUUCCUGAUUCAGAUCCUCCAAACUCUAAGGAUGUGGACCUACUGUACAGGUUUAUAGAUAAGAGCAAUAAGCUCAUGGUAUUAACUGGAGCAGGAAUGAGCACCGAGUCAGGAAUUCCUGAUUAUAGGAGUCCUAAUGGAGCAUACAGUUCUGGUUUUAAACCACUUACUCAUCAGGAGUUUGUUCGCUCUAUUCGAGCCAGACGUCGCUACUGGGCUAGGAGCUAUGCUGGAUGGAGAAGGUUCACGAGAGCACAACCAAAUACAGCUCACUAUGCUCUCGCUUCACUAGAAAGAGUUGGCCGUGUUCACUCGAUGGUUACUCAGAAUGUGGAUAGGUUACAUCACCGUGCUGGUAGUAAGCCAAUUGAGUUGCAUGGAAGUGUAUAUGAGGUAAUUUGCUUAGAUUGUGGUACAUCCAUCAGCCGAGAGUCAUUCCAAGAACAAGUGAAGGACCUCAACCCAAAGUGGGCUCUAGCUAUUGACAGUUUGGAAGAGGGCCAACCUGGCUCAGGCAAAAGUUUUGGAAUGCAGCAGCGGCCUGAUGGUGAUAUUGAGAUUGAUGAGAAAUUUUGGGAGCAAGAUUUUGACAUUCCUUGUUGCACUCAAUGUGGUGGAGUGCUAAAACCUGAUGUUGUGAUGUUUGGUGAUAAUGUUCCUCAAGAGAGAGCUGAUAAUGCUAAGGAGGCUGCAAGAAACUGUGAUGCUCUUCUCGUGGUUGGUUCAGCUGUAAUGACAAUGUCUGCUUUUAGGCUGGCAAGGCUUGCACAUGAAGCAAAUGCACCAAUAGCCGCGAUCAACAUUGGGGACACGAGGGCUGAUAGCAUUCUAUCUUUGAAAAUUAAUGCGAGAUGUGGGGAGAUACUGCCCAGAAUACUUCAGGUGGGAAGUCUAGCUGUACCAAGUGUGAGCUGAUCAUUUGCUGUUUCCAGUCAUAAUCUUCUUUGUUAGUGACAGUCUCCACAAGAACAAUGUUUGGAGAAAUAGAUCAUGAGGGAAGAACACAGGUGAGACAUAUGUAACUAUGGAUAUGACACCUGGUUAGUGUAAUCUGGUAGUGGUUGUUGUAAGUGCAAGCAAACAUGUAUCAAUAGUGUACAUGUAACUUAAGCGUACAUACUGGCUAACAGGCUGAGGCAAAACAGAGUGCAAGAAGCAUUUUGAGUGAUGUUUUGUUCGUAUGUAUCCAGGAAAAUAAUAUCCAAGGCGAUCGUCGGAA